AUGCGGGGCGCUCCAAUCGUUCUGCUCUACGCCGCGACUCUCGCGUCCGGCAUGGUCAUCACACCCAGAGAUGCUGGUGAGGCUCGCAUUGCCAUCCGCGGCGGUGGUGGUGAGGAGCACGGCGGCGGUGGUGACUGGUGGGGUCACGGUGGUGACGGUGACCACGGCGGCAACCCGGAGACUACUCCAUGCGAGACUGAUACUCCUACUCCUCCGCCAGUUGUCACUCCCACCUCCACCCCGUGUGAGACUGAUACUCCCACUCCUCCUCCGGUCGAGACAUCUACUCCUUGUGAGACUGAUACGCCUACUCCUCCCCCGGUUGUGACGCCUUCUUCUACUCCCUGCGAGACUGACACGCCCACUCCUCCCCCGGCGUCUUCUACUCCCUGUGAGACUGAUACGCCCACUCCUCCCCCGGCGUCGUCUACUCCCUGUGAGACUGACACUCCCACUCCUCCUCCCGCGUCGUCUACUCCCUGUGAGACUGACACUCCCACUCCUCCUCCCGCGUCUUCUACUCCCUGUGAGACUGAUACGCCGACUCCUCCCCCGGCGUCGUCUACUCCCUGCGAGACUGACACGCCUACUCCUCCCCCGGCGUCGUCUACUCCCUGCGAGACUGACACGCCCACUCCUCCCCCGGCGUCGUCUACUCCCUGCGAGACUGACACGCCUACUCCUCCCCCGGCGUCGUCUACUCCCUGUGAGACCGAUACUCCCACUCCUCCUCCCGCAUCUUCCACUCCCUGCGAGACCGACACCCCUACCGCUCCUCCCGCCACUUCCACUCCCUGCGAGACCGACACUCCUACUGCUCCUCCUGCCAGCUCCACUCCCUGCGAGACUGAAACCCCUACUGCUCCUCCCGCCAGCUCCACUCCCUGCGAGACUGAAACCCCUACUGCUCCUCCCGCCAGCUCCACUCCCUGCGAGACUGACACCCCUACUGCUCCUCCCGCCACUACAACUCCCUGCGAGACCUCCACUGUCACUCCCCCUCCUGUGGUCGUGACUACCACCUACACCACUACGACUUGCCCUGUGACCUGGUCUACCGUCUCCAGCGGCUCCUCGACCUACACUCACCCUGUGACCCAGACUAGUACUGUCACCGUGACCUCUGUCUUCACCUGCACUGAGGGCUGCACCCAGCCCACAACUCCCCCGGCUGUCCCCACGACUCCUGCUGUUGAGCCUACUACUUCCGUUGUGGUCCCACCCAAGGCUACCUCCCCUGCUCCUCAGCCCUCCGGAACUAACCCCGCUCCCGUUGAGUCGUCGUCCAUCCCCGUCACGUCUUCCACAUCCGCUCCUCCUGCUUCGUCCUCUCCUGCUUUCAACAGUGCUCCAGCUCAGUUCCAGAAGUCUAUUGUGGCCUUCAUUCCUGGUCUGGCCGUUCUGUUCGCUCUGCUCUAA